UAUCCUCUAUUAUAAUUGCAACACAAAGAAAUUUCAUGUUACUUUGUUUCUAAACCAUCUCAUCUUUCUCUCUCCUCCCAUUUUUCAAGCAAAUUACAGUGUCAGUGAGCAAUUUCAUCUCAACAUUUGAGCUGAUUAAGUUUGAAUCAAAUUUGCCCCAGGGUAGUGGAGAAAAAUGGCAUUUAGGUCAAAAGAAACAAUGAAAAAGAUACUGAAGAAAGUGGGAGAAGAUAACAUUACAAGGGGUGUAAAAGAGGCUUUAAAGAAGAAUUUACCCAAUAAUAAGGUAGUUAUGGGUCGUGCUAAGCGAGGACUUUACGCCGGUCGUCAUAUUCAGUUUGGGAACCAAGUUAGUGAAGAUGGAGGGAAUAAGACACGGAAAACUUGGAAGCCUAAUGUCCAAGAGAAAAGACUCUUCAGUUACAUUCUCGACCGCCACAUCCGUGUCCAUGUGACGACACAUGCCCUACGUUGCAUUGACAAGGCUGGUGGGAUUGAUGAGUACCUAAUGAAGACACCGUAUCAUAAGAUGGACACAGAGAUGGGCCUUCUCUGGAAAGCCAAAAUUGAGAAGAUGUACGCCGAGCUUGGGCAAAUGGAGGUAUCCUUCUUCUCACCGCAGGAUGAAGCAAAAUUUGAGCAAAGUUUUAAGGAAAUGAAACUAGAUGAAAAAUCUGCUCGAAGAGAAUUCAGAAGACGGUUGUAUGGAUUUUCAACGAAGUCUGAGGCAACAUCAGAUCCCCAGGUCGGUGAGUCAGAUGGAAGCUCACAUUCAGAUCAUGAGCAGAUGGUUGCUAAUGCUUGAGAUGGGACUUCAUUGCCACCUUUGAGCUUUUUGCAAGUUUCUUUUUUGGAUGUAAACCACCAAUUUUGCAUCGUUACUCGUGUGGCUGUAGAAUUUAAAAUAUUCAUUUGUUACAUUUACAGUCUUAAAUCAUGUAGGCUAAUUUCAUAAGAGCCCUUGUAUGAUAGUUAUAAUCUAUAUGCAACUCUCAGAAUUUUGAUGAAAAAAAGUACUUGAGAGGCGUCUUCAGAAUAUGCCCUACUUGCGCACGCAGCAAAAUGAGGCAGCUUUCUUUUUGUUCUAGCCUUAAUAUGAAUUGAUGUUUGUUA